AUGAGCCGAAGGUCAUCUCUUGGUCACGCUUCGCGGUCUGAGCCCCUUCUCUCUGUUCAAAAUGAUCAGGAUCCUUUCACCUACGAUGCAGCCGAACUUGAGAGUAGAGAGGUCUUGCCCUUGACCCCGCUCGAAUCGACAUCGACAGUAUUCGGUGCAUACCAGCCCUGGGGCACACCUCGAGUUUCCAGAGAACAGCCAACGAACGCAAAAGUGGCCAUUCCCCGACUCGAACUUCCACUUGCAAGUAAUAACGGUCGAGUCAGUCGAGCAUGUCACAAUUGUCGCAAGCAGAAGAACAAGUGUUCCGGUCAUCGCCCUUCUUGCCUCCGGUGUCAGGCGGCCAAUGUUCUUUGCGUCUACGUCGACGGAAAACGAGAGAGAAACGCUAGACAACUUACAGUUAUAACGACCCAACUCCAACACUACGAAGCUCUCGUGCGCGAGAUCUAUCCCAAAUUCGACACCGAGCUGGCCAAAGUCGUCGAUCAAGCUCUCGGGCAAAUAUCUAGCCUUUCCCAGUCAUCGCCGACCGUCGCCAAAACACCAGAUGAGACGGACUCGUCAACCCGAACGCCUUCGUACGUGGAUCACACCGUGGAGGAUUUUAAUGGAGACAUUUCACUGCAAGCCAUUGGAUUUGUAGGAAAACAUUCCGCAACGGCAUGGUUGUACAGGCUUAAGUGCUUGGUUUGUCGGACAAGUCCCAACCUAGACGGCCAAUUCGACGAAUCAUCUCUUCCAUCGAUUUCUUCCUGUGCAUUAUUUAUGGAUGAUACCGCAAUCCCGCCAAUAAACGAUUUGGAUGUAUUCGCAUUUCCCUCACAAGCGGCCGCCGAUGAACUUGUGGACAGAUACUUCCAAGUUGCGCACGCCUCCUUCCCCAUCGUCGGCAAAGAAAUAUUUCUAAGCCAGUGUCGAUCAUUCUAUUCGAACUCGACGACACUCCCCGGGGGAAAAUGGAUGGCGCUAUUGAAUAUGGUGUUUGCGAUCGCUGCAAGACAUUCCGAGCUUUCCGGGGAUAAAUCUCAGCUAGAUCACACCGUCCACACGGUGUACUUUUCCCGUGCCUGGCGAUUACACACUAGUGACAGUGUGUUAUUGGAGAAUCCCAACCUGCAACAGACACAGGUAGAGGGGCUAAUAUCACUUUACUUGCUUUCCAUCGGGCAUGCCAAUAGGGCAUGGAGAGAAUGUGGUGUUGCAAUCCAGUCGGCGGUCGCGAUGGGAAUCCACCUUCGUUGCGAAAGCCCCAGCAUUACGCACGUGUCCAAAGAAACAAGAUAUCGGAUAUGGUGGGCGCUGUACGUGUUGGACACCCUGCUCUGUGUCAUUACUGGACGCAUGCCCAGAAUCCAGCAGGAACACUGCACGACCCCUUUUCCGGUGCCUUACAAGGAAGAAGAUUUCAGGGAUGGGCAUGUGAUGCGGCUUAUCUUGGACAUUCAAUCCAGAGGCCGCCUCAUGGCUUCUCUGCUCUCCUUCGAUCCUUCGGCUGAACCGAACGACCCUUUGGCCAAUUCGCCUUCUCCACAGUCCACUGCCUCACUCAAUCAACAGCUCCAGGCUAACGCCUCAUUGUACUUACUUUAUUCCAUUGACCUGGCAGCUGUGAUGAGAGAAGCAAUUGAGAUUUUGUAUUCCCCUGAAGCGGGACGAAGAUCUCGGAGUGACACCGAACUGGCCAUGACAUCGCUCAACAGCGCCGCUGACAAUUGGUUUGCACGGCUCCCUGCAACUUAUCGUUUUGCAGAGGCCAAAGAUGACCGGGCCUUUGUCCGUCAGCGCACGAGUUUGGCAUUCCAAUAUUAUUCGACCAAGCUGGUCAUUUCGAAACCUGCCCUUCGUGCUCAUAUGUCCGGUGAAGACUCUUCCACUGGCCUUGACACCCCAAUGGCAAUUAUUUGCCUUAAUUCAGCAGGGCAAAUGCUCGAUCUCUUACCCAAUGAACCAAACUUCUCCUGGCUCUUGGGUUGCUCACCUUGGUGGUGUGCUCUCCAUUACCUCACCCAAAGCACCGUAGUGCUCAUAACGCAGUUGCUCACCCAGAAUCAAGCGAGGGCUAGCGAAAGAAACGAGUCAUUGGAAAGAGUCCAAAAGGCUCUGCGAUGGUUGAAUGAGUGUUCCGUCAAGGAUCCCUCUUUCAAGCGGGCUUGGGGUCAGUUCACGGAGCUCUUGUCAUCCCAAGGAUUGAAAGGUUUAGAAGGUUUAGAAUAA